UCCAUUCAAAAACGUAACGGACAAAACGAACAUACCGAACCGAUCAAAACCGUUGCAUCCGUCACAAUACAACUUUAUCAAUCAGUAGAACUUUUAUCUGUGACAUUUGUGACUUUUAAAACUACAACGUGCGUGCAAAAUGUUUCAGCAUAUUGUGGUAACCCCUAAAAAAGUGCCGGUUAAAAAACCUGAGAAACUUGUGGAACCCGAAGUAAUCGAAGUGCUAUCGCUUGCGCCCUUUACACCAAUCCCAAAAUUAGAUUUUAAUGAUGUUAAAGUGGGAAUUAGCAUCACCAAGAAAAUCUGCAUCAAAAAUCCAACUGCAGUUGAUAUAAUGUUAUAUUUACAAAAAAUACCGCCUGAAGAAAGAAAUGUGAGAUUCAAAUGGACUGAGCAGAUGAUUCAUGCAGCAAGUGAAGAAAUGUUUGAAAUUACAUGGAUUCCACUCUUUGCUGGUGCUUGGAGGGAUGUCAUUCAAUUAACAGACCAUGGCAGAAUCAAAAGAGACAUACCUAUUGUUUUUAAAUCAAUAAAGACUGCCACAAAAGGUAAAAAAAUAGGAGUGACAGUAUCAAAGAAAGUCUCUCCAUCAAAAAAACUACCCAAAAACAAAGUUUCAAAAGUUACAUCAUCACCAAGAUCAGUUCUCACAUCUAAAAACAGCACAAAUCUUAAUGUUCAACCAUCACUAUCAAGAAGAUCAACAUUCAACUUGCAAAACAAAGAAAAUACCAUGCCUAAACCCAAAAUAAACGUUAAUUCAACAUAUGAAGUGAUAAAUAAUUCAAAAAACACUUCUAUUGGAGCAACAAAAGCAAAAUUACUUGAAGAAAACUUUGAUGACAGUCUAGAAGCUCCUGUAAGCCUACAAUUACCAUCAUUAUCAUGGCCGGAGCCAUUCACACCCGAUCGACUACAAACAAGUUUCUGUUGUUCAACCGGCAACAAAUCAAAGGGAUGCUCAUCACUAGCAGAUAACAGCGCAGAAACAUACUUAAAGGGCAACACAAGCGGUGGUACUUACGUGAAAGACACCCAUUUGAACAACAGCGGUGGAACUUAUGUCAAAGACUCUUCAAUUGCAAACUUGGCUGAUGUACAACUAAGUCCAAUGGAACUCAAGUUCACCAACUCAAAUAUCACAUUAUCACCGUGUUUUGAUUCACCACAUUUACACCACGCACUCGCACGAAUCUCAGAAGAAUCCAGCUUGGAGUUAACACCAAUUAAAAAGAAGAAAACACCAACAACUCCAAUUCGAAAGUUAAAAUCAUCACCAAAGGUUAAUUUAACUUAUGAAGUCAAAGUCACACCAGUGAAGAAAACUGUCUCACCAGUGAAAAGACUCUCGAAAGGUUACAGUAUGAAACCAUUACACUUGAAACAAUUUGUGCAGAAACCUCUGGGUCCAUCAGGAAUCAAUGCAAUUGCCAUCGAAGUCACAAACACUCACAAUCCUGAUAUGUUUUAUAACUCUGUGUGUAAUCCGUAUGUCUUAUCACAAACAAAUGGUGUGGAUCCAUUUAUAGCACUCACAAUGUAUUAUGAUCCACAAUGGGUGGAUGAACAAAUCGUCCGGUUUAAAAACUGGCUGAACACACUGCUUGUACCACCGAAAGAUCUGCACUGCACGAAUGUGAAGGUAGACGUCGCGAAAAUGUGGCAAGAAUGUCGCAAUAAAGACGUGCAGAAAGCACCUACCAAGGAACAAGUCUCGAAUAAAUACAACACCAAUCACCUUUUGCAGUCUCUGAGGCAUCUGGCGGCCAAACUUUAUCGCUCGCCCGAGAUUAUCGUCGUGUUAUCAAAGACGCACGGACUCGUCGAGAACAACAAGUUUGUUAUACGCGUAGACAGGGAUCUACAUCAAGAUAUACGCUUACAGAAAGAAAUAUUACAAUUAUUCUUCUGUUAUAAUCCAUUAUGGCUGCGGAUAGGUUUGGAACAAGUUUAUGGAGUGCAUAUUCACCUCAGGUCGAAUUCAGAUGUGUUAGGAUUGAGCAAAUUCCUCAUGAUGAACUUUUUUAAUAAUCAAUACCUCCUCAAGAAAUAUAAACAUAAAUCUUCACCGAAAUAUGCGCCUGAAAUGAAGAAAGACGCACUUAAAAAAUUCCUGUCACUGGUUUAUUUCUUAGAUCAAGCAAAACAACAGAAACUAAUCCCGUAUGAUCCGUGCUUGUUUUGUAAAAACGCACAAAUUAAAGAAAGCAAAGAAAUUCUACUGCGGUUUUCAAGUGAAUUGUUUCACGCAAGUGGAGAUGUCACGAAACCUUUAAGAAUACUAAACUAUAUCUUGCAAUAUAAACAAACUUACAUUCAUGAGUUUGAAUAUGGCGUGGAUAAUCUCGGCAGUGACUUAAAAGAUGGCGUCAGGCUUACUCGGGUAAUGGAAAUUAUUCUACUUGAAAGAAAUUUAACGGAUUUAUUGCGAGUGCCGGCGAUUUCACGAUUACAGAAGGUUUAUAAUGUUAAAUUGGCUUUUGAUGCGUUGAAGCGCGCUGGUUAUGUGAUUGAAAGUCAAAUCGAACCGAAAGAUAUCGUUGAAGGACACAGAGAGAAGACUUUAUCAUUUCUAUGGCAGAUUAUUUAUAAAUUCCAAUCGCCACGGUAUACCAAAGCGGUGAUUAGUGUGCAGAUGUGGUGGAGAAGUCCGGUUAUUCAAGAAAAGCGGAAAAGGUUGAGAGAUUUACGCUUCCAGAAACAUAAUGCUGCGAUUGUUAUACAGAAAUGGUACAGGAGACAUAAAUUACGAUUGAAACUAGAAGAAAUUAUUCCAUUUGUUAGAUUAAUCUUGGAAGAGAUUAAAUUAUCCAAAGCUGCGGUGAAGAUUCAAGCAAACUAUCGGAUGUAUAGAUGUCGGCGUGAUUAUUUACGAGUUUAUCACAGUAUUUUGAUUAUUCAGAGACAAUUUAAACGUUGGUAUACUUUUUCGCAUUUGAGGAAGAAGCGUGUGGCUGCCGCGGUUGUUAUACAAAAUAUUUGGAGGACUUACACAGCAAGAAAACGCUUUUUAUUGUUGAAACAGAGUGUUGCUGUGAUAAGCACACAUUAUAUUGCCACGAAACAGAUGAGAGAAUGUCAUAAUGCUUUUACUACUCUUCGAACAGCUUGUAUUAAUGUUCAGAGAAGAUUCCGAGCUACUUUGUUGAUGAAAACCGUAAGAAAUCACUAUUUGCGUGUGCAAUUGGCUGUUUGUACAAUUCAGACAAGAUGGCGGGCUACACUGUCGAUGAGGCAAGAAAAACAAAGAUAUCAACAACUACAAAAUGCUGUUAUUACAGUUCAGAGAAGAUUUAGAGCUCAGCAAGUAAUGAAAUCACACAAUGAUGCUUACAUUACAUUAAAACAGAAUGUUUUGAUGAUUCAAAGAAGAUUCAGAGCAAAAAUUGAACGCAGAGAGUAUAUAACACUUAAACAAAACGUGAUUUUUGUUCAGAGAAGGUUUAGAGCUAAUUUGCUAGCAAGGAAGCACCGUGGAGAGUUUAUACAACUUAAGAAUGCUGUGAGUGUUAUUGAGAGGAGAUAUUAUGCACGAAAAUUAAUGUUGCAGUGUAGAAAUGAGUUUAUUCAGAUAGUAAAGUCUGCAAUUGUUAUCCAAACAAGAUUCCGAGCGUUUUUGAAUGGUAAAAGCUGUAGAAAUAAUUAUUUACAGCUUAAAAACGCUGUGAAAGUGAUUGAAGUAAGAUACGAAGCUUUGAUGUUGAUGAGAAUGCAACAAAGGGAUUAUAAGCGGAAAUUACAAGCGGCCAUUUUGAUUCAGAGAAGAUUCCGAGCUCAAAGACAAAUGUUAUUUGAUCGAAGUAACUUUUUAUGUCUCAGGGAAGCUGUUGUAAGAAUUCAGACACAGUUUAGAGCUAAUUUACAAAGAAAUACUGAUAGGAAUCAUUACUUAAGCCUCAGAAAUUCUUCUCUUGUUAUACAAAGAAAAUGGCGGGCGACUAUGACCGCAAAAGAACAAGAAAACAAGUUUAAAAGUAUUUUACAGUCCAUAAAAAGGAUUCAAGCAUGGUAUCGCGGUGUUAUUGCAAUGAGAACAACCAGAAAUCAUUAUAAAAAGUUACAGAAAAGUGUUUUGUUCAUCCAAAGACAAUUCCGUGCAAAUAAAAUGGCGAAACAAGCCCGAGAAGAGUUUAUACAACUAAAGAAAGCCGUGAGUGUAAUAGAAAUAAGAUAUUAUGCAAGAAAACAAAUGUUAAACAAGAGGAAUGAGUUUAUUAAAACCAUAAAGUCUACGAUUAUCAUCCAAACAAGAUUCCGAGCACUUUUGGAGGGCAGAAACUGCCGGAAGAAUUAUUUACAACUUAAAAAUGCUGUGAAAGUCAUAGAAAUAAGAUACGAAGCUUUGAUUUUAAUGAGGACUCAACAAGCAGAUUAUAAACGGAAACAACAAGCGGCCAUUUUGAUUCAGCGCAAGUUCCGCGCACAACUUUCAAUGAAAAAGCAUCGUAACAACUUUUUAACUCUUCGGAAAGCAGCAAUAUGCAUCCAGACGAAAUUCAGAGCACAUUUACAACGAAAUAUUGAACGCAAUCAUUACCUACGCUUAAGAAACAGUUCUCUGAUGAUACAAAGAAAAUGGCGCGCAACUCAAAACAUGCAAUUACAACGUGCGAGGUACAGAAUAACUCUACAAGAUAUAAAAACGAUCCAGAGAUGGUAUCGGGCUGUAAUUUUAAUGAGAACAAUCAGAAAUGCGUAUCAAAAGCUACGAGAAACAACAAUACUGAUCCAAACACGAUUCAGGGCGAAUAUAAACAUGAAACAAGAAAGAAAUAAUUAUUUAACACUAAAACGACAUGUUAUAAUCAUCCAACAAAGAUUCCGAGCUAAUCAACUCAUGAAAACACAACGCAAAGAUUUUAUCACAUUGAAAACAUCAACUAUUGCCAUUCAAAGAAGAUUCCGUGCGAAUUUAUUAAUGAAACAAGCCAGAAGCGCAUUUUUAACUCAAAAACAAGCAGUUGUAAAGAUUCAACAAUUUACCAAAGGAUAUUUAGAGAUGAAGAAGGAACAACGAGCGAAAAUACAAAAAUUACGAUCAAUUUUACUCCUGCAAAUCUACGUGCGUGGAUUUAUCGCACGCAAAAAGUUCGAAGAGAUGAAUAAACCAGAAGUUAAAGAACAAAGACGCCUGGAACGACUGCAAAAAUCAUCCGCAAUCAAAAUACAAGCAGCAUGGCGUGGUUACAAAGUACGAUCACAACAAUCCGUUGAAAUGGUCAAGAUGCGUAUGAGUUUAGAAGCGGUAAACCGCGAUGCCAAACCAGAAGACACAAUUCGCAACCGCACGCAUAAAAGUCUCAAAGUUUUUAUGAACGAAAAAUCGUCCAUGUUGCAAGUUCUAGGCGUGUUGAAGGAACUGCUCACUUCAACAAGACUCUCACCCCGGUCAUGUGUGUAUUUAAGUAAAAAAAUGCUCUGUGAGUAUCUCUACGAGAUGAUUUUAUCAACGUGUCGAUCAAGAAUUGAUAUGGAGGCUGGUUCUGUCGCUACGGGUAUUUUAGUCAAUGUUGCAAAGUAUGAAAAGACAAAUGCGUACGCGUGGAUACCGACGCGGCUGCCGAAGGUGUUGAAUUUAAUGGUCGCGUGUUGUGAUAAAGAAUAUGACUUUUUCCCGAAACUGGCGACGUUAUUAUGGGUGUUUGGCCAUAAUGCGCAACAAAAGAAAGAGAUUUGUGACUUGCCUGCAUUCGGACAGCAAAUGGCGAAGAUGUUAACACUGUGUGAGCGUCAGCAGAAAAUGGUGAGCAAAUCUUACAAAAGCAAAAAUGUCUCCGUUUUCGCGGCGUACAAAACUCUAGCGCUACCAAUGAUCAAGCCCGAUUGGGGCUUGGAGUAUGCGCAUGCGCCGUAUAGUUUUACAAAUUCACUGCAUGCGAUCCGCUCGCUAUGCGAACUUUUUAACGUGUAAUUGAAAUUUUGUUUUACAACUGAUAUGUGAUUGUUAUUAAGCUACUUCCUUUUAAUUUUAUCCAAUAAAAUUACUUAUGAUUGAA